AGAGAAGUGAAAGACAGAGAUAAGUCGUCUGAAGAAUCUUGAAUCUGGCACACGCCCUCCACACUCCCUAUUUACCCUUUCUCUUUCAUCCAUUCUUCCAAUACUAGCUUUCCUUCCCAAUCCAUUUCCAGCACGUGUCAAGAUAAUCUUGGUAUUCUGUGCUUGCCUUUGGUUGUGUGAGCUGAACGAAAGAUUUUCAUUUGCCCUCUGCCUGUGGACUCUAUCAACGGCUGUCUUUAGAUGUUGGGUGGUGUAGCUUCUGUUGCCAUAUUCACCAAUCAAACUGCAUCGUUAAAUAAUGGCUUUCAAGUUGCUUCUUUCUUGGUUGUUAGAUCUUCCAACCUGUCCAAGAAGUACUCAAUUCCACAACCAUUUUUCAAAAUUCCUGGCUUUAGGGAACAUGUUUUCCCAUUCGUAGCCAGUAAUAAUGGAAGUCUUUCCAGAAAGAACAUUGUCUUUGCUAUUCCAAAUGAAAGGGAUGAUGCUGAAAAGGAAGGUUCAGAUUACUAUUUUCAUUAUCCGGUCGUCGUUGAUCAGAAAGAAGAUGGGAGUUCUUUUGCACCAGAAAUGGAAACAGCUUUUUCCUUGUUGCCGUGUGGUGAAGAUAUUCCUAGAAGUAAUGAGAUCAACGGUAAAGAUGGUGGCCUACUUGCUAAGCUGAUGGCUGUUCAUUUGCAUGUACUGGCAAUGGAACAAUGGAACGCUUCCAAACUUAGAAUGUCCCACAAAAAUUACUUGGUCAGUGCGACAAACCUAAUUCAUUAUUUGGCAUUAAAAAGCCUUGAUAUAGAGCUGCUCAAAGAAGAACUUUCUUCAAUUGGUUUCCUGGAUUUAGGCACAAUAAAUCAACAUGUUCUAGCAAGUCUUUCUGCUGGCAUCUGGCUGUUAGAUAACGUAAAAUAUGAUUCUUCAAGUCAUACUAUCUCUUAUAGUGAAGGAAUCUCUUCAACAAAAAGUCUGGACAAACAAAUGAACGGGGAAUUUUCUAUUAGUACUCUAAGGAGGAGAGCAUCCCAUACUGCAGACCUGUUAUUGGGCGGAUUGCCAGAGAAGAGAAACACUCAUAUCAUGGUAACAGUGGGCGAAGAAGCUAUAGAAAGUGAAACACUAGUGAAAGAUCUUCUAAAUGCUGGAACUACGAUUGUUCGUAUCAACUGUGCCCAUGGGAGCCCUGAAAUUUGGAGUGAGAUUAUCAGAAGGGUGAAAAGAAGCUCUCAAAUUCUUGAAAAGCCUUGUCGAAUUCUCAUGGACUUAGCUGGGCCCAAGCUUCGAACUGGAAAACUGCAAGCUGGUCCAUGUGUGUUGAAAAUAUCUCCCAAGAAGAAUGCUUAUGGGCAAGUGGUAUAUCCUGCCCUGGUUUGGCUCUCAAGCCCAGCAGCUGGUUCUCCACCUGCCCAUGUAUCCCCUGAUGUUGUUCUACAUGUGGACGGUGAAGAACUUCUUAAUAAGCUCGAGGUGAAUGAUGUUGUAACAUUAUUUGAUGCUCGUGGAAAACAAAGGACACUUAAGAUCUUAAGCAGGUAUCCUAUUUUCUCAGGCGUUGGAUUUAUGGCUGAGUGCAGUAAGACUGCUUAUGUCAAGUCAGGUGCAAAAUUGUUUAUCAAGGACAAGAGAAGGAAAUUAUCAGCUGGUGGACAAGUAGUAAACGUUCCUUCUCUCAAACAAUUUAUCAAAUUAAGGGUUGGUGACUUGUUGACUAUAUCACGAGAUAGUCAAAAUGCAGAAAACAAUUUGAUUUCUUCCACUGGCGCUCACAGGAUGACCUGUUCAUCUGAAUAUGUUUUUGAUUCAGUGAAGCCCGGGGAACCAAUUGCUUUUGAUGAUGGGAAGAUAUGGGGUAUUAUUAAAGCAACUAGCACUUCGGAAAUUCUCGUGUCAAUCACCCAUGCAGGUCCCAGGGGUAGUAAACUUGGGUCAGAGAAGUCCAUAAAUAUUCCACGGAGCAAUAUUCGGUAUGAAGGCCUCACUUUAAAGGACCUUAUAGAUCUUGACUUUGUGGCCAACCAUGCAGACAUGGUGGGGGUUUCAUUUGUGCGAGAUGUCCGUGAUAUUCUACUGUUGCGCCAAGAACUUGAGACGCGGAAAAGAGGGGACUUGGGGGUUGUUUUAAAGAUUGAGACAAAAGAAGGAUUCGAGAAAUUGCCGGUCCUACUACUGGAGGCAAUGAAAAUGCCAAAUCCUUUAGGCAUUAUGAUUGCCAGAGGAGAUCUUGCUGUAGAGUGUGGAUGGGAAAACAUGGCAUAUAUACAGAAGGAGAUAAUCUCCGUCUGCGCAGCUGGUCAUGUUCCUGUCAUUUGGGCUACACAGGUCCUGGAGUCGCUUGUCAAGUAUGGAGUACCCACUAGAGCUGAGCUUACUGAUGCGGAAGAAGGAAUGAGGACAAAUUGUAUCAUGUUGAACAAGGGUAAAUGCAUUGUGGAAGCCGUCUCUUUCUUACAGAAAAUAUUGAGCAAUCACUCCAGGAAGCCAAGUGCGGAAUUUAAGCCUCUUGCUUUAUCAAGCCAUGACUCUUAGUUGGUUCGAUGUAUUUGCAGCUGCUGAUAUGUUCUCCCUACUCGUGUACAUCCUCUGCUUCACCAUGACCAUGUCCUGCUAUGUAUAUACAUCAAUAUUCAGUGAAACCAAAUAAUUAGUAUUUCACAAUCCUAUUGUUUUGAUAUUAGAACUGUAGAAGAACCAUGUGAGACCAUGAUUCAAAUCUCAAUAGAGACAAAAAUGCUAGGUGAUUUUCUUC